AUUACGAGUAACUUGACGGGUCGUAGCGAUUGCGACAGUUCAUACAAAUCGUGUCCCCAAGCCUAAUUCUGCUGUUUGUUAUGUCGGCUCAGGAGCACUUUGCCAACAUCGCCUCAGUCUAUGAGAAAGGGACAGGGGGUGCAACGCGGCAAAUCGCCACUCACCUAGUGCAACUCGCUUCACCCAUCAGUGCCGAUGCGAAGAUUCUGGACAACGCGUGCGGCACAGGCGUGGUCAUCGAUGAGCUUCUUGCGACCGUUCCAGAUCCCCAUGUGAGAAAUUCACUGAAGUUUACCGCCACCGACGCGGCUAGCCCCAUGAUCGAGCUAGUUAAGGGCAAGGUGGAAGAGCAGUGGCACAUACCUGCCGACAGUAUCACCGCCCUCACGCUAGCCGCAGAGAACCUCGAUGACGUUGCUUCUGACAACUUCGACUAUUCAUUCACAAAUUUUGGCUUCUUGUUUUUCAAAGACGCCGACAAGGCUGCUAAGCACGUGUAUCGUACCUUGAAGCCUGGAGGUCGAGCAUUCAUCACUUCGUGGAAAGACCUUGGGUACAUGAAGGCAGUACAGCAGGCGGCCAUCAAAGUGCGACCGGAUCGUCCCCCACCGUAUCUUCCCUUUGAUUUGGCUUGGCUCGAUUCCGCACAUAUCAAGGCUGUCUUUGAGCGAGCUGGCUUCCAGAACGUGGAAGUGCACGACCAGCAAAGUUCGUACACGGCAGAUUCGGUAACCAGGCUCAGCCAGUCGCUGAUUGGCAUGAUGGAGGGGAUGUUGAAGAUGCAGGGAUGGACAGACGGCGAGGUGAAGAGUCUUGAACCAGAGCUCGAGUGCACCAUCCAAGCAUCGGACGAUGUGCUGGUAGUUGAGCAGAAUGUCGCCUGGAUUAAAAUGAUGGCACACGUGGCUGUCUGCAUCAAAUAAGCACCACUACCCUCCCUGACUUCCAAGGGGAGAAAGACAAUACAAACGGAAUUGUUUUCCUUUGACUGGGCUUUAACUUGAGGGGUCCUUAAGCAGCAUUUUGAUAUGUGGCGAUUGGUGAAUCUGACUGUAUGCUGUAAGUCGUACGUCAGGAGCGCAGCCCACACAGGAUUGAGAUUGGGAAUGCCAUGAUGCUCCCAUAUUGAGCCUUCUCGAAAUUCCGAUAUUGCCGAUUGUGCCUUGUUCAAUUUCAAUGUAUGAGGAACCCAACACAGAGCCCUUCACUCGAACCGACUUGCUCGCGAGAUUUCAGUUCAAGUUAGCGAGUUGAAUCGUUUAAAGGUCUCAAUUCCCUCGCGACAGUCCGCUGAGUGAUGGUUUAAUGAGUUGAAAGAGGUCAAUAGCUAAGCACGUUUCUUCUGCUAUGCUAGGAGUGACAUCCGCACAACGUAUCACUGGGACCCAGAACACCAUCACUAGGUACCUAGCUAAUGAUUGCCAAGCGUAGCCAUUUCAACUUCUCAACUCUCUACUCGCU